UCUCCGAUAUUUUUGACACUUGCCAAUUAUAUAUUUUGAGGCCUAUUAUAUAUUGUAGGCUAAUCGGCGGGCCAUUGACAAACUGCUUUAACUAUGGUUGGUCGUACCUUAUAAGAUGUAGAUCUGAUAUAAUAAUCAAUACGUUAAUUCCGCAUUUGGGGUUGUCAAGAGCAAGAGUAAAAAUAUGUUGACGUAUAGCCGAUUUACGCAUUUAGAAUGUAAUGCAAUAAUUGACAUUAGUAUCCUUAAUAGUGACAACCUCCUCUUGUUACUGCUCGUUAAAAAAUCAGGUUCUAGACGACGAAAAGUAACGUAAUUCAAUAACCAGGAAAACAAAACUGGUAACAUUCAAUCGCCAAUUUUUGCUUGAUAAUGAUAAAAGCAAAAGCGCGUUCACUUAUUUGACUCAUGUUUUCGGCACUAUCACAACAUGGUUCAUGCAACAUAUUCAACUGCCUAAGCUGUUCACGGCAGAGCAGUUCGACAACGAUGAACGCUGUGAGGGCAUUGUUCAUACAUCCAGAGGACUAGAUAAAUUCUGAGACUACAAAUAUUAGGUAGGGGUGCUGGUUUACCCUUGUCUUUUCCCACAUUUGAACAAAGUAGCUUAGACAAAACAAUUUACCUUCCAGGGCCAGUGCUCUUGCAAUAGUUAUGCAAAAAUGUGUGUUCUAGAAUUUUGGAGACCAGAUUAAAGGCAGGGUACUGGGGUGAUGCAAAUAGACAAAACAAUGAUCUCGGUAUCUAGUAGGUUAAUUGAACAUAAAAAUUAUUGUAUUAUAAGUACAUUAUAUGACGGAUUACCUGUCGGUUUGUCAAAUAAUAAGUAUAUUAAAAUAAAUUAUUAAUUGCCCGUUUAAGCACUGCUGUUGUCCCGCUGCUAUAUCAAAAUAGCCUUUAACUCAUGCAAGCCGACUCAGGAUUUUUUCACGAGCACCAAUACCCAAAUGAUGUUGGAAUUUUGGCCAUGGAUAUCUAUUUUCCUAAACUUUGUGUCUCUCAUACAGAGUUAGAAAUUUUUGAUCAAGUACCCACUGGAAAAUAUACUAUUGGAUUGGGUCAAAAAAGCAUGGCAUUUGUAAGUGACCUAGAAGAUAUAAACUCUUUAUGCCUGACGGUGGCUCACAAUUUGUUGGAAAAAUAUGGCAUAGAUCCUCGUUCCAUUGGCCGACUGGAAGUCGGCACCGAAACCAUACUCGACAAAAGCAAGCCGACUAAAUCACUCUUAAUGGAUCUGUUUUUCGCGAGCGGAAACACAGACAUUGAGGGCGCCGAUGUCAAGAGCGCUUGCUAUGGAGGAACGAGCGCUAUAUUUAACUCGCUGAAUUGGAUAGAAUCCAGUGCUUGGGACGGGCGCCUUGCUCUAGUUGUGACAGGCGACAUCGCUUGUUAUAGCAAGGGCAACGCACGUCCAACAGGUGGUGCUGGCGCUGUUGCGAUACUUCUAGGUCCAGACGCGCCAGUUGUUUUCGAUCGUCGUCUUCGCAGCUCAUAUAUGGAAAAUACGUGGGAUUUCUACAAGCCAAAUCUCAAUGUAGAGUAUCCAGUAGUAGAUGGGCCGUUCUCGAAUGACUGUUACUUAAAGGCACUCAGCUGCUGCUAUGAACUCUACGCAAAAAAAUACAAGGCUCAAUAUCAGGCGGAAUUCAAUUUGGAUUUAGCCGACUUUGUUUGCUUUCACUCACCUUAUAAUAAACUUGUUCAAAAAUCAAUUGCAUGGCUAUUAUACAAGGACUAUCUUGCAACUCCGCAUUCAGAAAAAUUUGCAGAUAUACAUCUACAGCUGAUGCAGAUUUCUGCCCAGGACAAACGAGAAAUGGAAAAAAUUUUUUUGAGCAAAUCUCGGUCACUUUACCAAGAUAAAGUUUUGGACAGCACUUUUCUACCUCGGCAUCUAGGGAACUGCUAUGCAGCCUCCCUUUACUCUGCGCUGAUUUCAUUGCUCCUUACGAAACAAGACCAGCUGGUUGGUAAGCGAAUUCUGCUGUUCUCUUUUGGAUCAGGACUGACUGCUUCUAUGUUUUCGGUGUAUGUCAAAUCCAGCAUUGCAAAAGUGGUGAACCCAGUCGACAUCAGAGAACGAUUCACACUACGUAAAGUGGUUUCGCCGAGGGUCUAUAACGAAAUGGUAGAUGCAUACGAUGAAACAAGUCAAGUGUCUAAUUUUACACCGAAGCAUUCAGUUCAAGAAUUGUUUCCAAAGACGUGGUACUUGGCUCAUAUCGAUGAGAAGAAAAGGAGGUAUUACGAAAGAACUACAUCGGGCGCCAAGGUGUAGAUGUAUAUAUUCGACAGAUGAGCAUGCACAUAUGCAAGUACAACCGUAAUACUAAAGUUGACUAUUACUUAUACCAGUGAUACGCUGAGCAACGAUUGCAUCUCAUGCAAGCGCCUUAAUGCAAGCACACAGUUAAA